AUGUCUAUGGUGGGUCAACUGACUUAUUUCUUAGGACUUCAAGUUAAACAGAGUACUGAAGGCUAUAAUAUCUCACAAGAAAAAUAUGCCAAGAAUUUGGUCAAAAAGUUUGAUCUGGAGUCAUGUAAAACUCCGAGAACUCCUAUCUCCACUUCUACAAAGGUGUCAAAAGAUGAUACUGGGGCAUCAGUUGAUAACACAGUCUAUCGAAGCCUAAUUGGAAUUCUGCUAUAUUUGACCGCAAGUCAACCAGAUAUUAUGUUCAGUGUUGGGAUGUGUGCAAGAUAUCAAUCUGAUCCCAAAGAGUCACAUUUGAUAGCUGCUAAACGGAUCUUGAAAUACAUCAAGGGAACAAUUCAGUAUGGGUUAUGGUAUUCCAAGGACAAUGAACUCAGCCUGAGUGCAUAUUGUGAUGCAGAUUGGGCAGGAAAUAUUGAUGACAAAAAGAGAACAUCAGGUGAAUGCUUCUUUGUUGGAAAGAAUUUAGUCUCAUGGCUAAGCAAGAAGCAUAAUUCAAUCUCUCUAAGUACUGCAGAGGCAGAAUAUAUAGUAGCUGGAGGAUGUUGCACUCAGUUGGUCUGGAUGAAGCAAAUGCUUCUAGAUUAUGGUCUCACACAAAGGACUAUGACACUCUACUGUGACAAUAGACUUGGUAGAAUCAAAGGAGAUAGAAUUGGAAAUAUUCAAACAGAUAAGCAAUUGGCUGACAUACUGACUAAGCCUCUGGACGCAAAUCGGUUUGAGAUUCUCAUAUCUGCUCUGGGAAUCUGCAGGAUUGAUCAAUAA